AUGUCUGAGCCAGGGAGAUUUGGACCAUUAGUUGGGGCAAUUGAUGCGGGUACAAGUAGCGUACGAUUUAUUGUUUUUUGCCCCCGCAAUUUCGAAAUUAUAACAUGGCAUCAGCUUCCCUUGAAGAUAAUUUGCCCUGAAAGUGGUUGGGUCGAACAAGACCCCAUUGAAAUAAUAAACCUAAUAAACGAAUGUAUCAGUGCCACUUUAGAAAAGCUACAGGAAAUGGAGAUUGAAGUGACAGAUAUAUAUGCCAUAGGAAUUACAAAUCAAAGAGAAACUGUUGUUAUUUGGAAUAAAAAAACUGGUGCACCUUUUUGUAAUGCAAUAGUUUGGUCAGAUAUAAGAGCUCAAACUAUUGUUUCUACCUUAUUAAAUGAUGUGCCAAAUAAUGAUUACAAUCAUUGGAAACCAGUUUGUGGUCUUCCAUUGACUUGUAGUUUUUCUGCACCAAAAUAUAAAUGGAUUUUGGACAAUAUUCCAGAGGUACAAGAGGCUGCCAAAAAAAAUAAUGUUUAUGCAAACAGCGGAGAACAUGUACAUGCUACAGAUUGUACAAAUGCAUCUCGUACAUUCUUAAUGAAUUUAAAUACUCUCAAUUGGGAUUCAGAUUUAUGUAAUCUUUUUAACAUUAAUAUUGAAUGGCUUCCAAAAAUAAAAAGUUCAUCAGAAAUUUUUGGUACAAUAGCAAGUGGCCAGCUUAAGGGAGUCCCAAUUUCUGGGUGUUUAGGAGAUCAACAGGCAGCUCUAUUGGGACAUAUGUGUUUAAAAAAAGGUCAAGCUAAAAGUACUUACGGAACAGGAUGUUUUCUACUUUGUAAUAUAGGUCCACAAAAACUUGAUUCUAAACAUGGACUCUUGACCACAGUGGCUUUUAAAUUAGGUGCUCAAGCGCCAGCUAUGUAUGCUUUAGAAGGAUCAGUGGCUGUAGCAGGUGCUGCUCUAAAUUGGUUAAAAGAUAAUUUGGGAUUAUUAGAUAAUGCUAAAUCUGCAGAAUCAAUUGCAGAAGCUGUCAAUGAGACUAAUGAUGUUUACUUUGUGCCAGCUUUUUCAGGAUUAUUUGCUCCAUAUUGGGAGCAAAAUGCAAGAGGCAUUAUUAUAGGAAUAACUGAAAAUACUAAAAGCAGUCAUUUGAUAAGAGCUGCCCUUGAAGCAGUUUGUUUUCAGACCAACGACAUUGUUCGAGCCAUGGAAAAAGAUAGCGGAAUUCGUUUGAAAUCUCUUUUAGUUGAUGGAGGAAUGACAAACAACAAUUUGUUAAUGCAACUCCAAGCCGACUUAUGUGGUAUUUCAAUAGUGAGACCCAAAAAUAGCGAAAUGACUGCUUUGGGUGCGGCAAUCGCAGCAGGAAUAGCCGAUGGAAUCAGUGUAUGGAAUUUGAAUAAUAUUUCAAUACCUGUUAAUAAAAUAUUUAAUCCAUCAAUAGAUGAACAAGAACGUGAAGCUAGGUAUUCCAAGUGGAAAAGAGCCGUGGAACGUAGUUUUUCCUGGAAUGGUUAA